CAACCUUCUUCUACUUCAACAAACGCCAUUGUUGUUUCGAAAAGCAAGAAUCUGGGGAAGAAAACAAGGAAAUGGAAGAGAUGAAGUCCAGGUUCAAAAGGAUUUGUGUGUUUUGCGGAAGCAGUUCUGGGAAGAAAGCUAGUUAUCAAGAAGCCGCCGUCGAGCUCGGCAAGGAGCUGGUGGAGAGGAGGAUUGAUUUGGUGUAUGGAGGUGGAAGCGUGGGAUUGAUGGGUCUUGUUUCUCAGGCAGUUCAUGAUGGUGGGCGCCAUGUUCUAGGUGUUAUUCCAAAGACCUUGAUGCCUAGAGAGAUUACUGGUGAAACAGUGGGAGAAGUAAAAACAGUAUCUGAUAUGCAUCAAAGAAAAGCCGAAAUGGCCAGACAGGCCGAUGCCUUUAUUGCGCUCCCUGGUGGCUAUGGCACCCUGGAAGAACUACUUGAAGUUAUCACAUGGGCUCAGCUCGGGAUCCAUCGUAAACCUGUAGGUCUGCUGAAUGUCGAUGGAUAUUACAACUCCUUGUUGUGUUUCAUCGAUAAGGCCGUGGAUGAAGGCUUCGUUUCUCCGACGUCGCGUCGCAUUAUCGUGUCUGCCCAAACUGCCAAACUAUUGGUCAGACAACUAGAGGAAUAUGUACCCGAAUAUGAUGAAAUAACAUCGAAAUUAGUAUGGGAUGAGGUGGAUAGACUUAGUUAUGCGUCGGAAUCUGGUGUUGCCACGUGACAUGUAUCGCCUUGCCUCGGCUACGUAUAUACAUGUAUUCCGGGGGAUUUUGCCUACCAAGUAUAUAUAAGGGUAUAUACGGUUGUAAUACAGUACAACCAGUGGUGCACCGGUCAGAGGUUUUUGGUGGAAUUGGGGAUCCGAACGCAUAGUCACCAGAAAAGGUUUUGUGUCACUUUGAUCCUUUGUGAAGCCGUGAAAAAUCAUCAAAAUC